AUGGCCUCUGAAGAAACGCAAGCACUUGAGGUAGACAACGUUAUAUAUGUUAAAUUGCCAGAAUUCGGUUCUCGUGACCCUCGUCUCUGGUUCGCUCAGCUCGAGGCUAUAUUCGAAUCUCGACGCAUCACCUCCCAAAAUAGCCGGUAUAAUCACGUAGUAGGAUGUUUGCCAGAUUUUAUCGCACGUGAAGUAUCUGAUUUGAUAUACAGUCGUCCACCUACCGAUCCGUACGAUGUUCUGAAAUCGGCCAUCAUUUCUCGCACCGGUGCCAGCGAUGAGCAAAACUUACGGAAACUUCUUUCCGGUGUCGACUUUGGUGAUAAAUCUCCGUCGCAGCAUCUACACCACAUGAUGUAG